CAAACUUUGCAUGCUGAAAUAGAAAACUUUUCGGUCAUUACCCCUCGGUCAAUACUUCAUUAUUUUUCACUCGAAAGAUGGUGGAUUAUACGUACGAUGACGACGGGAACCCAGUGCGUCGUUUAAAUGAAUGUUAUGAAGAUGCGUUCUCUGACAGUGAGGAUUUGAUCAACCCUUUCGUUAUUAAGGGGGACGGGUUUGAUGUCACUCUGUCCCUGGCUCGUGGAAUGAUCAGCUGGACCACAGUCAGUCCUAAAGUAAAGAAGAGUAAGAUACCACUUCCCGGGACAGCCACAAUCUCCAAGGGAACGGUCGACCUCCCUCUCAAGGACAUAUACGGGGUCCAGAUCAAACGGAAGAGGGCCAAGGGUCAGGUAGAGGGCGAGGGGCUUUGUCAGGGAUUCACCGUUUACACCUAUUAUCAGUUCGGACCAAACUGCUGGAAGGAUCUUGUUAUAGAUUUUGAGCAUCCCAGUGAGUCGCUGUGUAACAAGUAUUAUGAUGGCAUCUAUUCAUUUAUUAAAGAUUUUCCAGGAAGGCCUCAUUCCUUGAAGUUUUUUAUGCAGACCCACGCAGGGGCUCGGACAGGAAGUCAGCUCUACAGAAGUCGGAUUUUACCGAUGCUCAAAGCCGCUAAUCUCAGCGUAGAUUUUCUUGAAAUACAACAUUCAGAGCAUGUGAAACAAGAAAUGAUCCAUACCAAUAUUGAUGAUUAUGACUGUGUGGUAGCGAUGGGUGGCGAUGGGACGGCCUCUAAGGUCGUGUCAGGGUUACUAACAGCCACACAGACCAGGAACGAUGUAGAAAUACGGCAGGGUUUUACGCCCUCUCGACCAGCUAUGCCUGUCGGAAUUAUUCCCACCGGAACCACCAAUCACAUUGCUCGAUCUGUCAUGGGUUUGGCAGAUCCCAUCACUGCUGUUCUUUAUAUCCUAUUGGGCUACAGUGUGCCAGUAGAUGUUUGUUCUGUGUUCAGUGAUGAUAAACUUGUUCAAUGGAAUUUCGCUUGCCAAUAUGGGUUUGGUGCAAAUGCCCUCAGAUAUGCCAAUAACUUCCGCCAUAAUCUCCUUCCUAAGAGUGUAGAUGCUGCUAUUUAUAAAGCCUCUUCUAAGAAGAAACUAAUACCGUACGACUGUGAUGUUGAAUACAUUCCUGCAGAAGACAAACCCAAGGAAGGAGACCAUACUGUGUGUUUUCGGGGAUGUACUGUUUGUUGGACAGAAGAUAUAAAAGAAGAAGAAGAAGUAGAGGAAUGUUUGGUGCAGCCCUUUAAUGAUCUCAAUACCUCCAAUAAUAGUGACACUUUUGUAGAUCUCUCUAAGGAUGAGAGUCCCUGGAAGGUGUCUAAGGGCUCCUUCCUACAGUUGGCUCUGUUCUGUAUCCCUGCCAGGAGUGAGGUGGCGCCCGAGGGACUCAGUAAAUUCUCACAUCUGAAUGACGGCUGUAUGGAACUAGUACUUGUCAAGCACAUCAACAGGAAGGACUUCAUACGUUUUCUUAAACGUCAUGGCAACUCAAAAAACCAGUUUGAUUUUCCAUUUGUGGAGGUGAUCCGUGUCAAGGAAGUAAAAUUUCGCCCCCGACUGCCCACCGGAUGGAAACACACAGACCGUAAAUUUCACGAAAUCCAGUACAGAAUGUCAAAGCUGGAACGCCAGGCGUCGAAGGGAAGUCAGAUCCUGGAAAUUGAUGACAGCGAUGAUGAUAAAGACAAUGACAAUGAGAUGAGGAGUCCAUUAGAUGACAUGAGUGACGUAGAUUCAGAUGAAUACGAGGACGGGGAUUUGAAGGGCUCCAGUAACAGUGGCAGUAGGAAGAGCUCUGCAGGUAGCAACAGGAGUUCUGAGCAGAAACAAUACAUAAAUAACAACAACGUCAUUGUAAACUCCGCCCAUCAGGAUCGUAAUCUUGUCGGCCCUCAGUAUCGCAUGACCUUCGCUGACAUGGAUCGCAUGAAGCGUAAAAAGAAACAAAUUAAAAAGGAAGAAAAGGCCAAGGCACGCGAGGAGAGACAUCUUCGCACAAAGUGGAACCUGGAUAGUGAACUGGUGGAUAAAUAUGAACUGGACUUUAAAGUUCACCAUGGCCUGAUUUCCUUGUGUGGGCGGGGCAUCACACCUGGUUCUGUGUUCCAAGAGGUGGGCUGCCUGCCACUGGCCAGAUGAUUGACAGCACAAGUCACCAUGGAUACCUCCAGAUCUUGGUCUUCUAAGAGUUUGACAGUAUUGCAUUUUUGCAUUAAGAGAUUAAUCACUCAGCAGAUUCAUCCAGCAUUUUAAACAGCUCAUUCAAUCAUCACAAUCAAACUUAAUUAGUGUGGACCUAUAAUGUAAAGGAUUGUAUUGACAAUUUUUUGCAAUG